AAUUUCUGCUGAGCCGCCGGCUGAGAGCCAGUCGCGUCACGUCGUUUGGGGUCGGAUGAUUCAGUGUAGCUGGGAUGAACUCCGCCGCCAAGCCAAAGCGCUCGAGAACGAGUUAGAUGGGAAGCUAGCCGCUUUUGGCACAUUAUCUUUGAGACCUGAUUCUGUUGGCUCAUCGGCCCACAAGACUUCCCAGGGUUCGUCCCAUUUUAUUGUAUCGGGACUCAAUACACAGGAUGGAAGUUUCAAAAUUCCGAACACCCGAGAAGAAAGCUUGGAGUCUCAUACCAGGAUGGCGAGCGAUAUUGAACAGUUACUUCAGAGGCUCACCACCGUCAACGAUCAGAUGUCAAUGUUUGUUCGUGAUGUGGACAAAAAUUCAACCGGAGUCGCUUCGGGAGAUGGUUCAGUGAGGCCGCCAUCCACAAUUCCAGCUGGCCAGGCACCUGGAGUCACCUCUUUAACUGCCGGACAAUUGACACAGCUACACACAGUUAAACGUCAUCGGGAAAUCCUACGUGACUACGCUCAGGAAUUUCGACAAACUAGGGCUAAAAUCAUCGCCGCUCGUGAGCGAGAGGAUCUGUUGAGUUCGGUUUAUCGGGACGUGUCCAAUCGUGACUCGAUCGAAUCUACUGAUAGUUCAGGCAAUCAGCGUGGUACAUCGCUUCACAGCCAGUCGUCCAGUGCCACGCGAUUGCUUUUGGACGAACAGGAGAAGUACCAUCGGUCCAACAGGAUGAUGGACGAUCACCUGGCCGCCGCUUCCACAAUCCGUGUGGCAUUACGGGCCCAACGCAUGGCAUUACGUAACGCGUCAAGCGGAUUGCACAACCUGGCCACUCGCUUUCCCCGAAUCAAACAGUUGAUUGGGAAAAUAGAUUGGCGCCAUCGGAAAGACUCGAUUGUUUUAGGCCUCGUAAUUGCCUUCUGUGUCGCAUUCUUGAUCAUUUAUAGACUGUCAUAACUUCUUUCUCUGUUUCCAAGUCCAGACGCUUCGACGACGUGUGCAGUCUGUGAUCGAUCCAUUUACUCGCUGCAGUGGCUGCGCGCAGCCACACCACUUCCCCUGCAGUUGUACAACAUGCUUCUUUUGUGCCCCGCAUGUGCUGUAGAGGUGUUUUUUCGAUUGUUAUCCCGACGUGAACUUUCGAAGGGAGUGUCUUCUCCGAGUGCGUGUUCCCCCAGCAGCGAACAUCUGUCCUCACACACAUAUACACUGUCUUUCAGUCACUUUGUUUACCGUUUUUUUGAUUGGACGAAUUGGACGUGGCAGCUUCACUAUCCGUCACUUCCCAACCUACUUCCUGUUGUUUCUAAAUACAGAUUUUUCGGGAUACUCAUUGGGUCUAGACUGCUUGCCCCACUGCUCUAUUCUGCAAGCAGAAAAUCCGGUAUCCACCCAUUAUUUGUUCUCUGUGCCCCGUCCCAGCUGCACUUUUGGUAAUCAUGUUUCGUUACUUCAUUAUUAAACGAGGUGACAAUGCCGC